AAUAUUUUUUAUUUAGCAACAAAACAUUUAAUUGCAAUCUAAGUGAACAAAAAAUAUCACUGUUGGAAUAUUUUUUUAAUUUUAAGUGUGUAAAACUGCAGUCGCAAAAUGAGCUUCUUUGGAAAAAUGUUCGGUGGCAAAAAGGAUGUGGCGCCUACAACUGGCGAGGCUAUACAGAAACUUCGUGAAACGGAAAAUAUGCUUAUUAAAAAACAAGAGUUUCUGGAGUCUAAAAUCGAAGAAGAAUUAAAUAUUGCUAGGAAAAAUGCAUCGAAAAACAAAAGAGUGGCGUUGCAAGCGCUUAAAAAAAAGAAGCGUUUGGAGAAGCAGUUACAGCAAAUAGAUGGAACGUUGUCUACAAUUGAGAUGCAGCGUGAGGCUCUGGAAAGCGCCAAUACAAAUACCGCAGUUUUGACCACGAUGAAAAAUGCGGCUGAUGCACUGAAGGCCGCACAUAAAAAUAUGGAUGUGGAUAAUGUGCAUGAUAUGAUGGAUGACAUUGCCGAGCAACAAGAUGUGGCGCGUGAAAUUUCUGACGCUAUAUCAAACCCCGUCGCGUUUGGUGCUGACCUAGAUGAUGAGGACCUAGAGCGUGAAUUAGAUGAAUUGGAGCAAGAAGAAUUCGAUAAGAAAGUUAUUGGUAUUCCUGAGCCAAACGUUACAUUGCCUGAAGUACCGGCGGAUGAGAUGCCAGAGAAAAUCCCAGAGAAAAAGAAAGCUCCGGCUCCUGCCACCUUGACUGCAGAAGAGGAAAAUGAUCCUGACAUGAAGCAAUUGCUUUCUUGGGCUAACUAAUGCUUUGAUGGAUAUUAAACUCAAAACACGAUCAUAUAUUAGUCGUUUCGAAUUAGAAUUUAAAAAACGUAUGAGCACUGUAGGCGACAGAGAAUGGAAAAGUAAAAUAUAUACAAAUCUUCUAUAAGAAGCUUUUAUUACAUGUCAGUAAUAUAAA